GGCUGUUAAGAAAGGCAAAGCAUGACUGUGGACUACGGGAUGUGUGCGCGUCGGCUGCUUCGAAGGUGUGUCAUCUUAUUCCUGGUAUCGGUUCAGUUCAUUCAAAGUAAAGAUGUCACCAUGGUGAUAGGAGAGGUGGGUGGGUCUGUGACCCUCCCCUGUACCUCUGACAUCCAGAGACUCCCAAACCACCUGUAUGUACAGAGACCUGACCCAAACAAGUUCAUUAAUGGCUACCAUAAGACGAGGGACCUACCAUCCCCUCACCCGGAGUAUUCAAACCGUACUCAAGUAGACCACACACAGGGAACAAUGAGGCUGUGGAGUAUACGGCUGUCAGAUGAGGGGCUGUACGAAUGCCACAUCGGAUACCCAACCAAGAACAACCAGAAGAACAUACAGCUCAGUGUGACAGCCAACUACAGCAUCCCCAAUGUAACAGUGGCCUGUGACAACGGCAGCUGCUUGGUGACAUGUUCCUCUGACAACGGUUACCCUCGUAGGGAUGUUGAGUGGAGCCUGAACCCUCCUCUUAACCAGAGCCACUGGGGAGUAGUGAACAGCAGUGGGUGGACAGACCCGGUCUCUAUGCUGUUCUCUGUCUUCAGUUCCAUAUCCAUCAACUGCUCCUCUGGACCCCGGCUGAACCUCAGCUGUGCUGUAGGGGGCGCCCUCUCACAGGAACACACUGUCUGCAGGCCUCCUGAUAUCUCUGUUGUCUCUGUGAUCUGUGCUGUCUCUGUGAUCGCUGCUGUUCUGCUGUGUUUCCUGGUUCUGGUAUCUAGCAGGAAGAAAAAGAAGGCUCAAACAGCCAGAAGUAAUCAAGGAGGAAAGGGAGCAGCAAGUUCAGAGGAAAAUGUACAGCUGACCUGAAGGAAUCC